GCUUCAGGGGUGGACUUUUACUUUGACACGCGCCGGAACCCGGAAGUUCUCUCAAUGCUGUUUGCACGCGGAGAAAGAGCAUGUGGAUUUUCAGGGACUGUUAGUAAUGUUGUCCUGAACUUAAACAGAGAACCGUAGUAUUGUUGUGGUGUGUUAUUGUGUUCAUCAUGGCUGAGGAUCUGCUGAUGCUCAACAUCUCCAACCAGGAACCUACUGAUUCACACUUCUCUGAGAGAAAACACAAGUACUCAUCAGGGCAGAAAUGGACAGCAAAAAAGACAGCGAAUGGAAAAAGGAAGUACUCGUUUGGAAAUCAAGAUUAUUCUUCUGCUAAGCAAAGGAAGCCAAAUGCUAACAUAAACACAAAGCACGAAGACCAGGUAGCAUCAAAACUAAAAACAUCUCCAAAAAAAGAACAGGAGGAACAGAAGGGACAUGACAGGCCUUUUAUUAAGACGUCUUCUCUCUUCCGAAACAACCCUGAGAUCCCUGAUGUGCUCAGUCCUGCUGUGAUUCAGGUGAAGGAGAAGGUCUUUACUAGUAACUCCUUCCAAGAACUAGACCUGCAUCCUCACUUAGUGGCUACGCUUAACAAAGUGUUAAACAUAAGCAGUAUGACCAGUGUACAGAAGCAGACCAUUCCAGUGCUCAUGUCAGGAAAAGAUGCUGUUGUUCGAUCCCAAACUGGAUCUGGGAAAACACUGGCGUAUGGAAUUCCUCUGGUCCAGUCUCUGCAGGCAGUGCAACCAAAAAUCAAGAGAUCAGAUGGGCCACUGGCAGUUGUGAUUGUGCCUACAAGAGAGUUGGCACAACAGAGCUUUCAAAUCUUCCAGAAGCUUCUAAAGCCAUUCACAUGGAUUGUACCUGGUGUCCUAAUGGGAGGAGAAAAGAGGAAAGCAGAAAAAGCCAGAUUGAGGAAAGGCAUAAAUGUUUUGAUCUCCACUCCAGGACGGCUGGUAGACCACAUCAAGAACACGCUUAGUAUCGCUUUUAGUGCUGUACACUGGCUUGUUCUGGAUGAAGCAGACAGGACUCUUGACCUGGGCUUUGAGAAGGAUCUCACUGUAAUCCUGAAUGCUCUGAAUGCUGCUAGCUCCGCUAGGCAGACGGUGCUGCUCUCUGCCACACUCACUGAGGGACUGUCCCGGUUAACCAGCAUUAGCAUGAAUGACCCUGUUUACAUCCAGGUCUCCGAUGUUACUGAUCACGGCGUGAACACAUUGGAAACCUCUCUCACGUCCCCGUCUCCGCCUUCACAGCAGGGUGACAGCUACACUGUGCCUGACAAGCUGCAACAGUAUAUGGUAGUGGUGCCUAGCAAACUGCGUCUGGUCUGCCUUGCAGCAUUUAUACUGGCCAGGUGUAAGUUUGAACGGGAUCAGAAGGUUAUUGUCUUCAUAUCCAGCUGUGAGGCAGUAGAGUUCCUCAUCACUCUCCUCUCCACUGUCCUGUGUGGCAAAUCCAGCACUGAAAACAAGCAGCAGCUCUCAAUCAACUUCCUCCGACUCCAUGGCAACAUGGAACAAGAGGAGAGGACGGAGGUGUUUCAGGAGUUCUCUCAGAGUAAGACUGGUGUCCUGCUGUGUACGGAUGUGGCAGCACGUGGGUUGGAUCUUCCUCAAGUCACAUGGAUAGUACAGUUUAACCCUCCUACGUCUGCAGCCGAAUACGUGCAUCGUGUCGGCCGUACAGCUCGCAUCGGUGCUCAGGGAAACGGCCUUCUCUUUCUCACCCCUUCAGAAACCGCCUACGUGGAUGUCUUGGCCAGUCACAAUAUCAGUCUCGGUGAAAUGAAAAUGGAAGUCAUCUUGUCGACCCUGAUGCAGGAUGAGCGCUUCAAAGGCAGAGGAAAUUGGGACAAAAAAAAAUCAGCCGGUGCCCGUGAACAAGAUAUGCGUGAAAGAGCUACAGUUUUACAGACGGAUUUUGAGAACUACGUCCAUGGCAGUGCAGAGUCGGUGCAGGCUGCUAAGAAAGCCCUGCAGUCAUUUGUGAGGGCGUAUACGGCGUACCCCUCUGCGCUGAAACACAUCUUCCACAUCCGUCACCUCCACCUGGGCCAUGCUGCCAAGAGCUUUGGCCUACGAGAUGCACCACAGGGUCUUUCUUCCACCAUCACUGACUCCACAGCUAAUGGAAAAUCCAAGAAAAAAGGAAAGGAUAAUAAGAGGCCCACUGCUAAGCUCACAGCCAGAGAGCGAGUGGCCAGCCUGAUCCGCUCCGAGUACACCAGCGGGAUCCAGCAGGAAUCCAAGUCCAAAAAGAAGAGAAAGAAGAAGAAGGGAAGCACAGAAGAUGAACUGACCGAAGGGUGAGAGUGAAGCAAUGUGGCUGAAAAACCCUGGACUCAACGAGGCAGCUUUGGGGUUCUGUGUAUUCAAAACCUGCUGCUAGACUUUUUUCUUUUACCUGUGCCCUAAAAAAACCAACAUGAAACUUACCGUUCUCUUCAUCAUCACCAUCAUCACCACCAAGUGCCCAAAGCGGAGCUGUGUUUUGGUGUGUGGAAGAUUUUUUAGUAUGUUUAAUUUGUAUAAACGUAUUAAUGUGUUUUGUGUAAAAGCUGUUUGCAGAGUUGGAUCAAGUUUAAAAUAAAAUGGCUGUAAAUUUG